CUGUUCUACGAGUGCUUGGAUGUAGGCCUAUGAGAUUUUAUUUUCUGUAAUUUCUUUAAAUUGACAAGAAAGAGAGCGUGGAGCUUGUGGUCCUUGAAAACAUCAGAAUGGGUUCCAAAGGCGUGUUUGCAUUGCUGUUCAUUACAGUCCUGAAUAGCAAUCACCUUGCAAAGGUAUCUGCUGCCACCUCUUCUGGGGCUGCGCUGAGUGAGACAGUAAAUGGCGGCACGAAGACAGGAGAAUGCGCAUAUGCUGACUCUCAUGGAAAGCAGAUUAAGAUCAGUUACACAGAGUCUGCCUCAGGGGAAGUAACAAUAACUUCUGGCAGUGGGUACUCUGGAAAUGGCAAAGAGGAACUCCGCAAGUGCCGAGAGGCGGCUGAACAGGCACAGAAGGAAGCAGAGAAGGCUGUUGAAGAACACAUGAAAUCCAUCACUGACAUGAACUCUGAUAUCAAGAAGCAGCACGAGAAUUUGGAGAAAACUAUGAGGGAUCUUAAUGCACAGGUGGGCGCUGGUGGGGGAGUAGGUCGGGUUGGUAGUGGGAAUGUGCUGCUGAUGCUGGCCCUCUUCCUCUCCUCAUGGAUGACACGAUUUGUGUCCCUUUAAGAAUGGGGUAGGGCCUCUAUGAGAAGUGGCCUGCCUGCCUGUUCACUCACCUGUCCACUGGCACUGCAUGCAGAGUUGCACCAUGGUAUCGCAGGGCAAUGAGGGGGCCUGCAAUUUGCAUUUUUUGAUUGUGAAAUUAACAAAAAAAAAAUUAAGGUAUCAGUCUCUUCUUUCUCCUAUCUCCAAAAAGAAAUGGAAAUAUGAUUGGAAAUCGAAAAAUUAUUGAUAGUAGAAUUUUUUUAUUCUUUUUCUUUUUCAUUUUAGAAGAAGAAUAAAAAGCAUAAAAAUCAGGCGAGUAAGAAAGCUGAUCAGAAACUCUCUGUUUAUUCCAUGCUUAGUCACUUAUGCCUUCAAAUUCCUUAUAACUGAAUGUAUAAUCAGUUGUUCAUUAUAAGAAGGUGUCACAUAGAGAUAAACAGAGAAAGAUACAAUGUGCCUCAUCAAUUGAUUUGUCCAUGAACAUGAUUCUAGAUUAGGGUUGUUACAUCAUAUAGUACCUCAUUUGUGAAAGGGAGUGACAAGUGAUCAAGAGCUUUAAUCGUGGUUUUCUUACUCUUUUGCUGGUUAGGUUGUAUGUCUCUUGUUAUGUGGUAUGACUGUGUAUGAAACAGGGUUGUUCAUAUAUAUUCCUGUGUGAUUGAUAAGUUAUAUUUCCAGCUAACAAGCUUAUAUAUCAUUUAUUAGCUUACUAGUUCUAUUGUAUUGGAAUUUCACAAUUGUAAUCUCGAGAGUAUUUGUAUUUAUAUAUUUAUUUAGCCAAAUUAGUUGUGAUAACUUGAAAUUAGCUGUUCUACAAUGUAAACCAAAGAAAAAUAUUGUAGAUA